GGCGUGGGGCCGCGCUGCACGGCACACUCCGUGCGUCGAGCCGAUGUUGGCCCUCGCCCGGCGGCACAGUGACCCCUGCUGACCCCGGCGGGAGGCGGACGAGGCCCACGGGAGUCACGCGAUGAACUUCGUGAAGCCGAACACGAUGGACUUCAAGUCCCGGGGCCUGACGCUCUUCGCCAAGCUGAUCCGCACCAAGGACCCAGCAGCGUUGGCUGAGAAGAAGGAAGACAAAGGCCAGCUGCGAAAAUGUCUGACGACGCUGGACCUGACCUCGCUGGGCGUCGGCUCCUGUGUCGGCACCGGCAUGUACCUGGUGUCCGGCAUGGUGGCCAAGAACGUGGCCGGCCCCGGUGUCAUCCUCUCGUUCACCAUCGCCGCCCUCGCCUCCAUCUUCUCCGGCGUCUGCUACGCCGAGUUCGGCGUGCGCGUGCCAAAUACCUCUGGCGGCGCCUACAGCUACAGCUACGUCACCGUCGGCGAGUUCAUGGCCUUCGUCAUCGGCUGGAACAUGGUGCUCGAGGAGUUGAUCGGCACGGCCGCCUGCGCAUGCGCACUCAGCGCCUGCUUCGACACGUUGGCGGACCGCUCCAUAUCGGAGGCGCUCACCAAUGCGUUCGGCAGGAUUGACGAUCCACCACAGCACAGCCGUGCUCUCCGAGGACUCGAUCGAGCUGCAGGUCACCACGCCGCCCGACGGGGUGAAGACGGAGCGGCCCGCCGCGGCCAACAGCCUCUCGCCGGGCGCCAACCCGUUCAACCCCUUCCACACGGCGACGACGACCGCCGACAAGCUGAACUCGAACGUGCCGCGCGACUCGUACCUCACCAUCAACGGGAUCGAUCUCAAGUAGCGGCGGGUGGCGCGUGGCGGCUCUCCGCUGUCAGCCGGGGUCCCCUCGUCCGCCGAGGUCGUCUCGCCCACAGGGGUCGUCUCGUCCGCCGGGGUCCUCUCGCUCGCCGAGGUCCUCUCGCCCACAGGGGUCGUCUCGCCCGCCGGGGUCCUCUCGUCCGCCGGGGUCCUCUCCUGAGAUCGGAGACGGUGCGGACGAGCGAGCCCGGCGCCGUCGCCGACAGCCAAUCAGAGCGUUCCUCGGGGCGGCGAGAUGUGACGUCAUUUCAGGACGCCUUCACAUCGCUCCGAUCAAGCGUUUUCACGAAGUUGAAUGUCGUGGAGGUCCAUGCUGUGGCAGUUGAGUAUCGAGUCGCUGCGCACCGAGCGGUGUCUGGCGCACGCACCGCUCCCGGUGGCUGGGUAACGGCAGUCACGAGCAAUUACCGCGAGCCGUGAACGCGGCCAGGUCUGCCACCGCUCGCAGCCCGCGGGAGCAGGGUGCUUGGCCACUGCUACCGUCACAGGCGCUUGGCAAGCGCUCAGGAAAAUCAUGAAUAGCCCGAGGCCAUCAGCCGGGGCCCGGACUUUGGCUGUCGUUGGCGGAAGACGUUUACGAGGAUGUCACAAAUACGGAGUAAAUAUGGCGUGGGUGUGCGCUUUGCCUCCAUCAAUAUUUCAUGACAUUCAGGCAUGCUGCGGCGAUGCAGCAAUGGCGGGGCGCGCCAGGUAGUGUGCAGAGUGUUCGGCGUCAGCUGGUCUUACCGACGGCUGCACGUAAGCGGCCAAUCAUGCGGCUAUCUUCGGCGAAACGGCUAUAAAACCAUCGUCUACAGUCGUUUCCAAAAAAACUUUGUCAAUCACCACCGCAAUGGGGAACCACUCGAAGGACUCCCAGAUAUUUGUGUCGAUAACAAUGACGUUUAAUGGAUGACGUCACCGCCUCCAGCGGUCAGGAUUGGCAGGCGGCGGCGGGUCAAGGGCUUCACCGGUGUGGAAGGCGCUGGACGAGGGACGUUUUCGUGUCUGGCCGGCUGUUCGGCAACGAUAUCUUACACAGCUGUGAUGUAGCAUUCCAGUGUACGAGCAACUCCGUGCAGGUGUCCUCAGUACCGCCUGACUGCCUGUUGCGUGCGCGUAACCGUUCUUGUUCGUUGUUUUGUACAAAUUUGCCGUUGUGGGCGGCUGGUGGCGCUAGACUGAGGAGGUGGCGGGGGCCGGAGGCUCACGUUGAGCUUCACUGUGGAGAACCGGCGUGGGUGAUAUGGUUUCAGCAUUUCCCGCCAGCUGAGCAUGGCCAUGGUGAUUGUGGACACGCCACUGUCAGCCAAUCAGUUCGUGGGAUAAGAUCAGCCAGAGGCCGGCUUAAAGUGCCGAUUUUGCGGUCGCGUGGCGCGCUGUACACUGGAAUGGUUAGCCCGAAGUUUCUACUUCUUAGCGAUUAGAUUUGUUUUACGACUUGGUAAUCAGCGCGCUGGAAUUGCCUGCCGGCAGCGUGCACUGCGUUACCGGCGGGAUGUUGCGUUUUAUUGCGUGAUGGUCUGGUGGUAUGGGUGGUACUGCGCGCGUUGGAAGUGGAAGAGCAAGGAAGUGGCCGUCUACAUUCGCAUCAAUUUCAGAUUUUCGAUAUGCUCGUGUCGAUGGCUGCAGUAUGUAGGUAUCCCUGUUAUUCCUAUCUGUCUCUGUAGCUGUCUUUCUCACUGUCUGGCUGAAAUACUCAAUGUUGUCUCACCACAGCGUUACGGUGAAAUAAACAACCAUGUGUGCGAA